CCAAUAUUAUUGAAUGCGAGUUGUGACUUUAUGAUUCACAAAUGCAACAAAUACAUCUAUUCUUGUUUUCACUUUUCAAUGGGUACUCCGUGGACAGUGGUUGUUAAAUUAAGAUUUUAGCCAAAGCAGAGUAUUAUUAUUUUUAACUACAUAGGAUACCAAAGAUUAAUACACGGAAAAUAAAAUUUUCACAUCUAUUUGUAAACGCCCCCGCGUAUUGUAUUCAAUGUGUAAAAUUAAAAACAACCCGCUAACAUGGACACUGUCAUAAUAUAAAUAAAUAAAGUGAAUCAAAGUUAAUUGCAAUUAAAUAAUAACGUUAAAUGUGAAGCUAUUCUACAAAAAAUAAUUAUGGAGAAUCCGGAGUCCAGUGGGAUCAGCAGGUCACACCAGCUAUCAACCACAUCGUGGUGCCAUCCAGCACACAGAGUGCACAGAUUUAUGGCAUUGUUAUUGAUGUGUUUCCUUUGUUUUGGCUCAUAUUUUUGUUAUGACACUCCGGGAGCAUUAGCUGACAACUUUAAAGAUGACUCAGGAUUGAACACAUCUCAGUUUGCAUUGCUGUACUCAAUAUACUCAUGGCCAAAUGUAGUAUUAUGUUUUAUUGGUGGUUACUUAGUUGACAGGUACUUUGGUGUAAGAUUAGGAACAGUUAUAUACAUGACUAUAGUUUUUAUCGGAGCAGUCAUCUUUGCUGCUGGUGUCUACAUAAAUGCAUUUUGGCUAAUGAUCCUAGGAAGAUUUAUAUUUGGAAUUGGUGGUGAAUCUCUGCAAGUAGUGGUAAAUAACUAUGUGGUACUAUGGUUCAAAGGCAAAGAACUCAACAUGGUGUUUGGACUCCAGUUAUCGUUUUCGAGGUUUGGGAGCACAGUCAACUUUUGGGUCAUGGAGCCCAUUUAUAGAUGGAUAUCAAACUAUUAUGCAGGCUAUGAACGUUUAGGAGUAACUUUGUUUAUCGCUGCUAUGACAUGUUUUGUAUCACUAUUAUGUGGUAUAAUAUUAGGCUGGAUGGAUUAUAGAGCUGAAAAAAUUCUCGAACGACAUGAAGCAACUGGAAAUGAAGAGCCAUUUAGAUUGACAGACAUACGACACUUUAAAUCGGUGUUUUGGUUGCUUUCUGUUAUUUGCGUGGCAUAUUACCUUGCAAUCUUUCCAUUCAUUGCACUAGGGAAGUUAUUUUUUGAGCGGAAGUUUGAUUUCCCGCCUCAAGAAGCCAAUAAUGUGAAUUCCAUGGUUUAUUUACUAUCAGCUGCAUUGAGUCCAUUUUUUGGAAUCCUUAUCGAUAAAACGGGCAGAAAUGUUAUGUGGGUGAUAAUAAGUAAUGUGACCACAAUUGGAGCUCAUUUUGUCCUGGCUUUUACGUUUUUGAAUCCGUAUAUUGGUGUGAUUGCACUUGGAAUUUCAUAUUCGUUACUUGCAAGUGGUUUAUGGCCAUUAGUAGCCCUAAUUGUGCCAGAAAGCCAAUUAGGAACAGCUUACGGCAUAUGUCAAGCAGUACAAAAUAUGGGGCUAGCAACUGUGAUUAUUCUUGCCGGAAUGAUUGUUGAUAGUUAUGGAUAUUUAAUGUUGGAAAUGUUUUUCUUGGGCUGCCUUUUCAUAUCAUUGGUAGCCGCUGUGCUUAUAUACAUUAUUGAUUCAGCCAAUAAUGGAGUACUAAAUAUGUCACCAGAAAUGAGAGACAAUGUUAAAAUACAUACUAGUUCUGACAACUCAGCAGAAACGGCCAACUUGUUGGACAAUGAAGAAUACACUGACCAAGAAGAAAUUGACUCAAGGAGACCAGAUGACGGGGACCCAGAUCAGUCUCCUGCAGUACCGCGAAACCCCGCUGUAGCGCAGUCAGACAGAAUACGAACUAGAUACUUAGCACAAAUAUUACCAAAUACUAACAUUCCAUAUAGACAAUAGGUACACGACAUACAGAUUUUUAUAAUAAUUUUGUACAUAGUAGAUGUGAAUAUCUUCAAAGUAUAGAAAUAAAUAAACGAUAUUUUAAAAUAUUAUA